AUGACAUUACAAGAUUUGACAAAUAUUCUUGAUACAUAUGCAUUUGAUACGAAACCUAAACGAGCAACAUCAUGUUUCUAUCUUAAAAACUUGUUAACAGCCACACUUACAUUACUUUAUGGUACACAAUCAUAUCCGCAUUAUCCAAUUCCACAAUUAAACGGAUUGAAUCCUUUAGUGUCAGCAGCACAUCAACUUUGUAUUUCGUGGAGAAACUUUAGUUUAAAACUUGAAACAGUUUUAACAAUACAAUAUAUUUCAACAUGGUCAAUUGAAGAAAUUCAUAUUUGGUGGAUACUUGCAAGAUUAAUUCAUCGAUCAAUUACAGAUUUUUCGAUAGUAUUUGGAUUACAUAAAGCCAUAUCAAAUCCAUCAGAUGAUUCAUUAGCAAAUCUUUUACGAAUUCUUGAACUAGCAAUAGCAAAUGAUUUAAUUUAUUCAAGUAAAAUUUAUAUUGAUCCCAAAGAAUUAAAUGGAGAAUUUCGACCUCGUACUAUGCAAGAAAUAGCCGGAGUUUUAUCAGUGAUUGAUGGAAAAGUUAAGCUUAAUUCAGUAAAAGAUUUUAAUUAUUUACUUGGAAUUGAAGAUUUUUCAACGAUGGAAUUUUCGGAUACAAAAGUUUUGGUGAAUAGUGUUGAAGUUACUAAAAUGAAAGAAACAAUUAUUUAUAUUCAACGAUCAAUUGAAAAUGUUGAAAAUAUCUUGUUACAAUUACAUUUAUUUAAUAAUGAGAAUGAUGAGAAUGAGGAUAAUAGUAAAACAUCUCUUAAUUUCGAAUAUUCUGUUUAA